AUGGCCCACGGCACGAAGGCGCCCUCCCCCGCGGCCGUGGCCUCCAAUGGCUCCGUCGGCGCUCGCCCUCCCCAGCCGGCCGCCGUGAAUCGCAAGAAGCAGAAGCGGCGAGAGAAGGAGGCCGCCAAGAAGGCCGCUCAGGAGCCCGCUGGCCCCGCGCUGCCUGUGGAGAAUGGCGUGCAUGGCCUGUCGCCCGCCCUGGGUGCUGCCGCCCACGCCCGCCAGCCUGCCCCACAGUAUGCAGCAGGGCCCGACCUGGACGACGCCCAGUACGACGACGAGCCCGACUUCUACUCGGACGACGAGCCCGACCACUACGAUGCGCACGCGUACGGCAUGAACGGCCACUACCAGCAGGCGUACGGCCACGCGCCCACACCCAGCGCCAGCGCCAAGAAGUCGAGGCGCAAGAAGCGAGCCUCCCAGCCGCCCCCUCCGCUCGCCUACACGCAGCAUGUCGUGCCGCGACACAGUCCCGUGCCCGCCCACGCGCGAGCUGGGGGGCCAAAGCGGAAAGACCCCAUAUGGAACACGUCGACGCAGGAAGAACGGGAGCGCAUCCGCGAGUUCUGGCUGUCGCUCGGCGAAGACGAACGCAAGUCGCUCGUCAAGAUCGAGAAGGAGGCUGUCCUGCGCAAAAUGAAGGAGCAGCAGAAGCACUCGUGCAGCUGCUCCGUGUGUGGGAGGAAACGCACGGCCAUUGAGGAGGAGCUGGAGGUUCUAUAUGAUGCAUAUUAUGAAGAACUCGAGCAGUACGCGCACCUCCAGCAGGACGUCGGUAGUUUCUUGCCAGAUGCUAAUUACCGUCGUGUCUCCAGUGCCCCUCACCCGCGCCCGCUCAUGACCACACACCCGCCGCCUGCGCAUGGCCACCACUACGCCGACGACGAUGACGAAGACGAAGACGAAGACGACGACGGAGACGAAGACGAGGAGUACUCGGGCGACGAAGAGGAAGACUAUUCGAACAGCGAGAUAUCCUCCGAGGCCGACUACAGCUCGGAAGACCGUAGUCUACCACCGCCCGAAGCGUCUGACUUUAUCCACUUUGGCAGCAGUCUACAGGUGAAAGGUGGCAUACUGACCGUUGCUGACGAUCUGCUGAAAAACGACGGGAAGAAGUUCAUCGAGAUGAUGGAGCAGCUUGCCGAACGGAGGAUGCAGAGAGAAGAAGAGGCGCAAUACCAAGCUCAUCCAAGCAUGUACCAGACCCACGGCGGCCACAGCCACGGACCCCCACCGGAAGAAGACGAGUUCGACGAGGAGGGAGACGAGGAGGAAGGCUACGAGGACGAGGACUACGAGGAGGACGAUGAGGACGAGGAUGUGCGUACUGUUGGCGAGAUCGCAGCUAUCUUGGCUAAUGGAUUGCAGGAUACCAUGACGGAGGAGCAGAGGAUGGAGGAGGGGCGGCGAAUGUUUCAGAUAUUUGCAGCGCGCAUGUUUGAGCAACGAGUCCUACAGGCGUAUCGAGAAAAGGUGGCGGCAGAACGACAGCAGCGGCUGCUGGAGGAGCUGGCAGAAGAGGACGAACGCAAGGACCAGAAAGAGGCCAAGAAGCUCAAAGAGGCCCAGAAGCGGAAAGAGAAAAAGGAGAAGCAGAGGCAGGAACAAGCUGAGAAGCAAGCCCGCAAAGAAGCUGAGCGGGCCGCCAAGGAAGCCGAACUGAAAGCUGCCGAAGAGAAGCGAUUGGAGGAACAGCGUAAGAAGCGGGAGGAACAGCGCCGGAAGAAAGAGGCUGAACGCAAAGCCCAAGAGGAAGAGAAGCAGCGCAAAGAGGCCGAACGCCAGAAACGCCAACAAGAGGAGCGCGAACGACAUCAGGAAGCCGAAAGGAAAGCGCGCGAAGCAAAGGCGCAAGAAAAGAAGGCCAAAGAUGAGGCGAAGCGAAGAGAGCGCGAAGAACGAGAAGCUCAAGAGAAGGAAGCUCGUGAAAAGAGGAUCCAGGAGGACAAGGAGAGGAAAGAGCGCGAUGCAAAGGCAAAAGCAGACAAGCAAGCUGCGGCAGCUGGCGCACGGAAGGCGUCACAGCCACCUGUUGCACUGCCACCUCAGCUGUUGAAGCAAACAUCGUCCUCUGGGAUGCCAUCGCCGCAUGUCACUCCAGCCCUACCCAAGGCGCCAACACCAAAUCGACCUCGUCAGACCUCGCAGCAGGGCUCGCAUGGCUCCUCGCCAAUCACACCACAGGCCGCACCCGGCACGAGCAAGUCACUAUCGCCUACGAACGCUCAUGGGCCUACCAUGCCGAAGUCAAUCUUGACGAAGCCGCCAGCAGGGCCACAUCAUAACCAUCUCCAGCAUAGCCAGCAAGUGCUACCAAUGCCCCUGCUAGGACCUCCACCAGGUAUGCCCGGGCCACCAGGGCUUAACAUGGGAGGAUUGCCACCAGGUCUCAACGGUUUUCCCGGCCAAGGGUCGAUGCUGCCUGGCAUGAUGGCACCUCGUCCGGGCAUGCCUCCGUUCCCACCACAGCUUGGUACGCAGAACUUCCGUGGUUUCCCUCCGCCAGGCAUGCCGAUGGGUCGUGGGUUCCCCAUGGAUGGUCCUCCUGGAUUUGGGCCCAUGCCAGGCUUUGGAGGACCAAACCAGAUUCCCGGAUUCGGCAUGGGCAUGUCACCUCAUUCGAGACAAGGAUCUGGAUCGUUUGACAGGCUGCCAAGCGUUGACAGUCCUAUCUCUGGCCCUCAUGCACAGCCAAUUCAACGGCCAACGCCUAUCAAGCGACCCUCGAGCAACAAAGCCAACGACGAUGAGUCGCGACCUGACAUUGACGACCUUGCGGACCAUCUAGGUAGCAAGGCUCUCCUUGACGAUGCGGAAGACAUACCCGAACCUCCUGAGCGAAGAGCAAGUGUGCAGCAGCAUGGCUCCUUCAGAGGGACGCCCAUGGGCUUUGGAUUUGCAGACGCGCCGAUACCGCCCAGAAAUGACUCUUUCUCUGCCUUCGGAGCACCUGGCGGUAACAUUUGGGGAACACCGCCCAUGCCGUUCUCGCUGGGUUCUGGCGCCUCGUGGGGCAACUCGCCCACCUCUGGCUUCUUCAACAACCCAUUUCCGGUUGGCAACAUCCGCACGAACGAGCGUGGUCCCAAUGAGCAGCGCAUAGUGUGGCUGCGCCGAAUGGUUUGCGCUGCGUGCAAGAUGGUCGCCGCUCGCCAGCCUACCCAGGAUGGCUAUGUUGAUGCAUCAGAGGUGCACCAUCAGAUCGACAACCUACGCAACCCUGGCGAGCCAGCUGUUACGCCUGACGAGAUCAAAGAGGCGUGCGAUAUCAUCGACAUCAAGCAGACCAAUGGCGGUGGCUCCCUCGAAUACAAGGAGUCUGGCCCUGGUCGUCUCUCACACAUCAAGUUCGUCGAUAUGGCGCCUCCACCUGCGACGUUAGGCGAGAUUGGCAGCCCGGUUCCAGGACACAGCGUCCUCGUUGGUGGUUUUGGCAACCCAAGGCCGUUCCCUGGUCUCGGGCCACAGGGCUUCUGA